GUCUAGUUCGUUUUAUUCUCUAGCUUUAUUGUUUUGCAAAUUGUUGGCUGUGGUUUUAAUUUAAUUUUUAAUGAAUUUAACGAAAUUUGGUACGUUCUACCGUAUGUUACCAAAUUUCCAACAUCAUUUUAUACUUAAAAUGCCACGACAUGCUCAGACGCAACAUGGGGACGCGACGGUAGAUGAAGAAAACAUUGUGCUCUUAAAAAACGCAAUCUAUCAAACUGUGCCUAGCACUGAGCCUUUGACAUGCACGUGGUUUUAUAAUGUAGAUCCCAAUAUAGUGCCUGUUCGCAACUAUGUAACAGCUAUCGCAAAUCAGGAUCUUAAAGUCGUACUUCCCGAAAAGAGAAAAGCGGAUAAUGCGGAACAAGUUGAAGCCUUAAAGAAAGCCAGAUUGGAAACUAAGGCACUCAAAGCAAAGCGCCCUGGAUUCUCCGAUGACCGUUAUGAGGAAACAUCUUAUUAUUUUGAGAAUGGCUUACGUAAAGUUUAUCCAUAUUACUUUACUUUUACAACAUUCACCAAAGGACGGUGGGUGGAUGAGAAAAUCUUAGAUGUAUUUUCACGUGAAUUUCGCGCUCAUCCACCUGAGGAAUAUAAACGCAGCAUACUGACUGGUUCUUUGAAAGUUAAUUACGAACGUGUGCCAGUGGACUAUAAAUUGAAACAUAACGACUUACUGUCGAAUACGGUUCAUCGACAUGAAGUGCCUGUUACAGAUCAAGCUAUUACUAUAGUGCAUAUGGAUGAGGAUAUUGUUGUUAUAAACAAACCCGCUUCAAUACCUGUUCAUCCGUGUGGUAGAUACCGACAUAAUACUGUUGUAUUCAUUUUAGCUAAGGAGUAUAAUUUAAAGAAUUUGCGCACAAUUCAUCGUUUGGAUCGAUUGACAUCCGGGUUACUACUCUUCGGUCGCACGCCUAAGAAGGCUCGACUACUCGAGCAGCAAAUAAGAAAUAGAGACGUUGAAAAGGAGUAUGUAUGCCGUGUAGAAGGAAAUUUCCCUGAUGGUAUCAUUGAAUGCAAGGAACCUAUUGAAGUUGUCAGUUACAAGAUUGGUGUUUGUAAAGUAUCGCCAAAAGGCAAAGACUGCUCCACAACUUUUGAAAAAAUCAAGUACAAUGGUAUCACAAGUGUUAUAUUAUGUAAGCCUUUGACUGGAAGAAUGCAUCAAAUUCGUGUUCAUUUACAAUAUUUAGGAUAUCCUAUUAUAAACGAUCCCCUGUAUAAUCAUGAAGUAUUCGGACCACUCAAAGGUCGUGGCGGCGAUAUUGGAGGACGUACUGAUGAAGAACUAGUAAAAGAUUUGAUUCAUGUACAUAAUGCAGAAAAUUGGUUAGGUGUUGAUGGAGAUUUUGGAAGUGAAGGACUAAUAUUGCCAAAACAUGAUCAUAUUGAAAAAGGCGGCAGAGAUGUUGAGGCUGUCUCUGAAACUUCUACUAUAGUUAAUAAUGAUAUUAAUAAAAUUGAUAAACCCCUUCUUGAAGAAGAGGAGAAAGGACAGACUAAUAGAGUGUCAGUUGGUACACAAACAGGCCAUGAUCCACCUGAUAAUGCAUAUAAUAAAGAAAAAACAACUUUGGAUGAACAUUGUUAUGAGUGUAAAGUGCGUUUUAAAGAUCCUAAACCUAACGAUUUAAUUAUGUAUUUACACGCGUGGAAAUAUAGAGGUCCUGGUUGGGCGUAUGAGACGGAAUUACCAAACUGGGCAGAUAAAGAUUGGAUUGAAACAUCUGUUGAAUAAAUCAAUAUUAGGAACGCUUUUGUACAGUUUAUACUGGUCAAGUAGUUUUUAUUAUUGACGUGUAAGUUUAUGAAGGGUUUAAAAAAUUUAAAAACAAACUCAAUCAAUUAACUAAGCAUUUAAUUUCAUGUGAAAUAAUGAAGUGCUCUAAAUUCUGUAUGAACGAAAACAGUUAAUUCAAUGU